UAAUAAGUCUGAGAUAACAUUUAUAGAAAGAACACCCUGGGUUCUCCCCCUCGUUCCCUCACCCAGAUGCCCCAGGGGAUGACUGCCUGGGCUGCGAUUAGUGCUGAGAUCAGGCAAGCAAACAUGAUGAGUACGUAUGUCUGGGUGAAGACCAUGAAGCCCUUAAAAUAGCAGCCUACCCUACCUAGUGUGUUUUGCCAGCCAAACCCAGAGCAUUCCCCACAACGAAGGCACUGAACAUUGCACCUCUCCCAUCCUUCAGUGGGAUCCCCGGGCUCAGGUGAGGAACAUCGGAGGUACGGGGCCCUCCCUCUGACCAUCAUGGAGCCCACAGCUCACAGCCAGCAGGAGGCAUCUACCCCUUCCAGCAGGGAGACAGCAGAAGACCUUGCCUUCAAGUUAAAUGCUGCUGUGAGGAACAGGAAUAGAAAAGAUGUGCUGGAGCUGCUGGAGAAAGGGGCAGAUGUGAACUCCAAAGCAGAAAGUGGCUGGACACCACUGCAGAGCGCUGUGCAAGCUGAUGAUGAGGACCUGGUCCGACUUCUGCUUGACAAGGGUGCUUGUCCACUUGCCAGGAAGGACAAUGGUGGCACUGCAUUUACUGAGGCAGCGAUAGUGGGAAACGUGAAUAUACUGAAGCUCCUCCUUGAUCAUGGGUUAAAUAUUAAUGACCAUGACGACAAUGGCUUCACAGCUUUCAUGGAGGCUGCAUGUUAUGGGAAGGAGGAAGCCUUGAAAUUCCUGUACAGCAAAGGAGCAAAUGUGAAUCUGAGGAGGGCAGUUAGUGAGGAGAAAGCAAAACUGCAUAAAGGAGGUGCGACAGCACUAAUGGAUGCCUCUAGGAAGCACCACUUCUCAGUUGUAAAAAUUCUUGUCCAAGAGAUGGGGGCUGACGUGAACAUUUGUGACAACAAAGAUAGGAACGCCUUGAUCCAUGCCCUCAAGGAGGGUUGUGCCAAGGAAAGAUAUGAGUCAGCUGUCUUCAUAGGCCAUUUCCUGCUGAACUGUGGUAUUGAUGUGAACAGCAAAGAUGAAUGUGGGAAAUCUGCCCUCAUCCUAGCUGUUGAAAUGCAGAGCCCAGAUUUGGUGAAGGCUUUAUUGGAGAAGGGUGAAAUAGAUAUUGAUGAUGCAGAUGAGGAGGGCAACACAGCACUGAAGGUGGCUGUGGAGAAAAAUGAUUACAAUAUAGCAAAGUUGUUGUGUGAAAAAGGAGCAAGGACUGAUGUUGGGAAUCUUAUCGCUGUUGUGAAUAGAAACCGUGCUCAUAACAUGGCAUGUCUUCUUCGUGAGUAUAAUGCCAAGUUCGUUCCAGAAACCUUCAAAGACUGGGAGCCAAACAGCAAAUGCUGGAGGGACCAGCUGAAAAAUCUUUAUAAAAUAUAUCGCCCUAUGAUUGGCAAACUGAAGACAUUUCAAUACAUCCAGCAGAGAAUUCAGAACACUUCCCAGGGUGGCAUCUACUUGGGGCUCCACGGUGGGACGGAGGUAGCAGUAAGAAUAAGCCGUAGUACAGAGGGUGACAAAGAGAAAAGGUUCUUCGAACAAUGUGGUAAAUGUGAACAUCUACUGAAGCUCUUCCAGUUUGAGAAGGCAAGAGGCUACAUGUACUUGUGCUUCCCCCUCUGGGAGAAAAACCUUGAAGAACAUCUGCAGGAACCAGAAGACCAAAUGGAUUACAAAGAUGCUCUGAGGAUGAUCUUCCAGGCAGUGAGAGAGCUGCACUUCCUUGGAUUUGCUCACCAGGAUCUUCAUCCUACCAACUUUUUCAUAGAUUUACGUGGCAAAAUUUACUUGGCAGACUUUGAUAAUAAAAGAAAGUUGAUUGAAGGCAAAAAAGAACUCAUAAACUCAGAUUUAGAGGCCCUCAGCAGGCUCGUGCUGUAUGUUUUAACAGGGGGUAGGAAACCCCUUCAGCAAGUCAGUACCAAGGAUUUGGCUGCUGAUUCCCCAGAUUAUGAGGAGGCUCUGGACCUUGUAAGUAGCCUGGUCUCUCAUGAUGAACGAGGCUUGGAAGAUUUGAGCAAACAUCCCUAUUUCUGGAGCAAACAGACCAGGUUCAAGUUCCUGAAGAGUAUAUGGAAUAAAAUCAAAGAUCUCUGCAAACGAAAAGCUGUCUUUAAAGCUGCUAAUGCUACUGAAAGUUUUCCUUAUCCACGGUGGACCGAGAAGAUUGACAAAUAUGUUCUGAAAAUCAUGGAAAAUCCUAGGAAAGGAAUAACACUCAAAUAUAGCAAUGAUGUCACCGACCUACUGAGGCUCAUCAGAAACCUGGAUGAACACCCAGAUACCAGGAUCAGCAACAGAAUAGGAGACCAUGCUGAGUAUUUCUUGAAGCUCUUUCCAGCACUUACCAUUUAUGUCUACAACAGUUUACGCCAGAAUCCCAAAUACAGUAACUUUGCAGACAUUCAGGACCCUUCUCUGUAGGAUAUCAUUGCCUCAUAUUCCUUGUCUGAACCCACCAUCACUGCCUCUUUUUAUUCCCUAUUUCUUCAUCUGCAAAAGAGUUGAACAAAGUGGGUAAGGAGAUGGGAGAGAGAGCACAUGCAGGAGAGCAUGGAGGACUUAGACUAAGAAAUUAAAGAUGCUUCAGAAGUAUUUGGUGUAACAACCACGGGCUUUGGAAGGGAACCAAGCUGAGUGUCAGCCCAGGUCCCCCUUGACUACCUCUGUCCCUCUGGGCUUAUCUGACUCUGUGAGGUGGAGAUCAAGGUCCUGAUCCUUACGGAGAACGAGGAGAUGUGGGACAGCCCCCAUAUACCCAACACAUCUAGGAGGCAGGAGAAGAGCUCAGGCAUUGCCAGACAGCAUGGGACUCUCUGAUAAAGGAAAAGGAGUUCGAGCUCCUUGCUAGGGCCAUUGUUCCCUACAGUUUGCACUGAUGAGACGCUCAUCUACCCCUAAAAAGACAUGGAUUCUCUCUUUUCAGUCUUUUUGAAACACAGCAGCCAGAAAAUGAGAUGCCUAGGCAAUGGUCUGGCUGCAGAGUUGCCCUUGGCCCAUUAUCCCUCUGAUCUGGUGGAGGCACACUAAGCCCAGCCUGCCGGGACCUGAAGGACUUCUGUUGAGGGACGCAGGAGAUGUUUCCACGAGGAAUGGACAUAAGGAGCACGAUCCCACAAAACUCUGCUAUUGUGAGUACUCCUGACUCACCUGAAAAAGGUCGCUGACAUCAAAGGGACUGCAGGGACCGGUUCCUCCUGGAAAGGACAAGCUCUGCCACGGCAGGCUGAGUCUGCAAGGCAGGGCUACGCACAAGCACUCGCUGUCUCCAAAACAGUGCUGCUGGUGGUGCAUCACUGUCCUCCUGCCAGGCUCGCCUCCCUUGCACAGAGCUGGUGCCCAUACAGCCAUAGCAUGCUGUAAGCUCAGAGCUUUAAUAUUGGAGGCUGGGUGGCACAAACCCAUUUCUGAAAUCCUGUGGCAUGCAUCGUGUGUCUGAUUGUCCAAGGGCUUGCUUGUUUGUUUCUCAGCUAACGCUCUGAUUUGCACAAUGAUUAUGUGUUGCUUACAGAAAUAUUUUUCAGCUGUUGAAAAGAUUUUUAAUUUUUUUCAAACUGAGAUUGUUAUUCUUUCAAUUAGCCUAUGGAGAACCAAACUUGGAAUAAACUUGCCUGCAAAACUGA